GUGUCACUGUGCAGUUAAAGUAGAUAUAUAAAUAAUUACAAAAUGUUGUCAGUUUUGGUUGCUGCUGCUGUGGUUGCAGUAUAGUGGCUGCCCUAAGUGACCCUUUCUGAGGAUCUGCCAGGCCAGUAACUAAAAAAUGUGUUGGUGAAACAUGAUAUCUGUGACAUCCAGCAGUAACCAUGUCUGGCUAUGGAAUGGGUCCUGGACCAGGCAACAACAACCAGCCUCUGGAGUUUGGUAACAGGCUGGGGAGUGGUGCAGCACCAUCUGGAGGCACCAAUGGCUCUCCGGACACGUCUGACCGGCGCGGCCCCCGCUCGCGAGGCGGUCUGCGCGGCGGCCGCUCAGGUCCCGGCCGGGGGUACCAGGACAAUGGGGGUCCGGACAGCGGCGGAGGAGACUAUAACGGACGUAGGGGAGACGGUCGACGCGACAGGAGCCGCUGGGAAGGCGCGCCCGGCGGCCACGGCGGCGGCAACAUGCAGGCCGGCGGUGGAAUGGCGCCAGGCGGCAUGUCGGGCCUCCCAAACAACGGCGCCCCGCUGCUGCCGGCGCCGCCCGGCCCGCCGCAGGCCAUGGUGGGAGGCGGACCCGACCAGAUGGCCAUGGGAGGAGGCGGAGGAGGACCGGUCGGCGGAGGACAGUUUGGAGGAGGCCCGCAGAUGUGGGACAUGCCGCCACCGGAGCAGCAGCAGCCGCAGCCGCCGCAGCCGCAGGGUCCCAGCAUGAUGGGCUAUAACAUGGGCGGCAUGGAAAUGAACAACAUGGGAGCCAUGGAUAUGAACAACAUGGGUGCCUUCAUGGGCAGCGCCGGCGCCGUCGACCCGAGCAUGAUGAUGACUACGGGCCAGUAUAACCUGUUACCAGCCGGGAUGCAGCAGCCGCUCUACCCCCAGUUGCCAGGCACCUGGAUGCCAGAUGGAAACUUUGUCCCCAUCAAGGAGGUGAUAACGUGCAGUGAAUGUGUGCUCUACCCUCCCAAUCCCAACGCGCGGCCACCAAUGACCCGCGAGCGGCCUCCCGGCUGCCGGACGGCCUUCAUCGGAGGACUGCCCGAGAAUAUUACAGAGGACAUUCUGCGGGACGUGUUCCGCCGGUGCGGCGAAAUAUCCAGUUUGCGGAUGUCGCAGAAGAACUUUGCGCACAUCCGCUUUGAGCUGGAGGUGUACGUCGAGUAUGCCAUCAUGCUCUCUGGCUACAGGAUGAAGAUCCGGGACGAGACGGACGCCGCCAACACUGGCAGGCUUCACUGUGACUACGCUCAGGCCCGGGACGACACAUACGAGUGGGAGUGUCAGCAGCGCGUGCUGCAGCGGGAGAUGCGUCAUCGGCAGCGUCAGCUGGAGGACAUGAACCGACCGCCGUCACCGCCGCCCGUCAGCCAUUACUCGCACCACGAGGCGCAGCAGCUGCUUGAGAAGAUCAAGGAGGAGUCGACGUUCGGCGAGUCGGUGCAGCUGCUGACCACCUGGCUGGAGCGGGGCGACUGCAACAAACGCACCGCCGGCAACUUCUACUCCAUGAUACAGUCCACCAACUCGCACGUCAGACGACUGAUGUCGGAGCGCAGUGUCAUCGAGGAGGAGCUGGCCAAGAUGAGGGAACAGGCGCGUCUCCGUCAGCAGCAGGUCAUCGUGCAGUUCGGCCAGAUCGAGCGAGUUUUCUUGGCGGCCUGCCAGCAGAAGGUCUGGGACCACUUCAGCAAGGCACAGCGGAAAAACAUUGAGCUCUGGAAGAAGCAGGCCUCGGAAAUCAAGAAAAUCCAGAUCGAUGAACUGUCCGGCGAACGUGCUGACGACGAGAUGGACCUCUCCGAUGACGAAGAGCCUUCCAAGAAGAGGGCGCGCAAACAAGCUCAGGACGAGCAACACGACGCCACGGACGCACUCCGCUGUCAGCUGGAGGCCUACAAGAACGAGGCGGAGAUGGUGCGCCACGAGCACAAAGAGGAGCUGGACGCCAAGGACGCCGAGAUGGACAUCAUGAGGAAGACCAUGCAGAACGUCCAGCAGCAACUGCUGACGACCAAAUCACGCGAGACCGCCCUGGAGCAGCAGCUGCAGCAGCUGAAGGCGCAGCUGGCGAGGCUGACGCCGAUGAAGAACAAGAAGGAUGGAGACGGCAAGGAAGCGGUAUCCAGCAAGGAGAAAGGUGCCAAGGAGGACACCUCCGGCGCUACCGAGGACUCCGAGCAGGCGGAGCGGGACGCUGCCUACUCUCCCCUCCCGGCCGCUGCCGUGGACGGCGGAGACGCCCGUAUCAUAGGUCUGUCUGCUGCGUUCCUGAACGUUCACCCGGAGGGCGCCAGCUGCGACUACAUCUGGUCGUACCUGCAGCAGUUCCCCGGAUACGUGCUCCUCAGCCCGCGAGACGUGGAGACCGCGCUCGGCAGGUACGGACGCGUCUUCAAGGAGGUAGUCUCCGGCGUAGGGGCUAAACUGGAGCGCAAGUGGACAUUUGUCGGAUACACACCUCCACCGCAGGAGGCCGAGUGACGUCACACCCAACGGGCACCGCCAUUGGCCGAGGACGGGUGACGUCAUCAUAAACGGUACUGCCCAUUGGCCGGAACUCGAGAAAUCGUCUGUCCUUCCCAGGGAACCGCGCAUUUUGACGGCGAGCUUUCGACCGCCAGUCCCCAAGUAUUUGGAUGGUUUGGUGUUCACUGCACUUAGCACUGCAGUAGACGUGCAUAGCAGCUCAUGAAAACAUUGUUCUGUUGCGCUUUACGAGCUUGCUGUUGGGGCCGGGUGUCAUAAACUGUAAAAUAUGACGUCAUAAACGGAAAUGUAUGACGUCUAUGUGUAACUUUGACAGAUAUGACAUGUGACGUCAUAUCGAUGACCAUGUGUGACAUCUCGAUGAUGAUUGAACGUGUACUGCCGCUAUUCUCGUGAAGGAAACAGUUCACAGCGUAUUUCAAGGCACUGCCUCGACUCUACUGACUAGCUGUAAGCGUCUGUCAUAAUCAAAACUGUGGUUUGUUUUGCAGAAACACGUAAAACGCUACUGUUGUGCUUAUUUUAGACAUUGACUUCGUAAAACAUGCAGCCUGCUGUAAUGUGACAAAAUUACCACUGAAGUUAAACACGGAAUAUUUGUACAACAUGUACAGUGCACCGCUGGCGGUGCGAGUUUGUGUGUGCGUGGGUUAGCGUUCCUAUCGCUCACAGUAUAUAUCGCCUUUCCUGCCACGAUGUGCGUGUGAUUUGUGUGUGAGUGGGUUGGUGUCCGUAUCGCUCACAGCGCGUACCGUCUCUCAUGCUGUGCGGUGUGUAAGCUUGUCAUCAGGUUGAUGGGUUUGCCUGUUCGAGUUGAAGAGCGUUGGGAAAGCCUCAGGUCUCAGUCUCGAGCACGAAGGUACGCCUGUGCUGGUGGAGCACCGACCGAUAAUGUUAUACGUACUUGUGAGUCAAUAAACGCCUUCAUUAUAAU